GGUGGCCGCGGCCCGGGCCGCUCCGAGGUGAUCGCGCGCGGCGCCCCCUCUGUGCGCGCAGCCCGAGCCGCCGCAGCGAUGAAUUCUGCCGAGCAGACCGUUACGUGGCUCAUCACCCUGGGCGUGCUGGAGUCGCCCAAGAAAACCAUCUCGGACCCUGAGGUCUUCUUGCAGGCGUCGCUCAAGGACGGGGUGGUCCUAUGCCGGCUGCUGGAGCGUCUGCUGCCCGGGACCAUCGAGAAAGUCUACCCGGAGCCGCGGAACGAGAGCGAGUGCCUGAGCAACAUCCGCGAGUUCCUGCGCGCCUGCGGGGCGUCCCUGCGCCUAGAGACUUUUGAUGCAAAUGAUUUGUAUCAGGGGCAGAACUUUAACAAGGUCCUCAGCUCCUUGGUGACACUAAAUAAAGUGACAGCAGACAUUGGACUAGGAAGUGAUUCUGUGUGUGCUCGGCCUUCGUCCCAUCGGAUAAAGUCUUUUGAUUCCCUGGGAUCCCAGUCUUCACACAGUAGGACUUCAAAAUUGCUUCAGAGCCAGUACCGAAGCUUGGACAUGACUGAUAACACCAACAGCCAACUCGUAGUACGAGCCAAGUUUAACUUCCAGCAGACCAAUGAAGAUGAACUCUCCUUCUCAAAGGGUGACGUCAUCCAUGUCACACGAGUGGAGGAAGGAGGCUGGUGGGAGGGCACACACAAUGGCAGGACCGGCUGGUUCCCCAGCAACUACGUUCGAGAGAUCAAGCCAAGUGAGAAGCCUGUGUCACCCAAAUCAGGGACCUUGAAGAGCCCUCCCAAAGGGUUCGAUACGACUGCCAUCAACAAGAGCUAUUACAACGUGGUGAGUAACUGCAGACAGCGUCUCAUGUACAUUGGACUAGGAAGUGAUUCUGUGUGUGCUCGGCCUUCGUCCCAUCGGAUAAAGUCUUUUGAUUCCCUGGGAUCCCAGUCUUCACACAGUAGGACUUCAAAAUUGCUUCAGAGCCAGUACCGAAGCUUGGACAUGACUGAUAACACCAACAGCCAACUCGUAGUACGAGCCAAGUUUAACUUCCAGCAGACCAAUGAAGAUGAACUCUCCUUCUCAAAGGGUGACGUCAUCCAUGUCACACGAGUGGAGGAAGGAGGCUGGUGGGAGGGCACACACAAUGGCAGGACCGGCUGGUUCCCCAGCAACUACGUUCGAGAGAUCAAGCCAAGUGAGAAGCCUGUGUCACCCAAAUCAGGGACCUUGAAGAGCCCUCCCAAAGGGUUCGAUACGACUGCCAUCAACAAGAGCUAUUACAACGUGAUGUCUUUAACUUGUGUUAAGCUGACCUACAGCUGGCCAGCACAGCUGCUUAGAGCGGAGAUCGCAUACCGCAGACGCUUUACCGGCACUGAUGAAGAGUUCUGGUAUCAGGAGCUUUGGUCCUAUUUUCUCUUGGUCAGAGUCCCCAGAGGACAGGGCGUCCUCUUUGCUCUCAGUGUGCUAGGAAUCUGGUGGAUGUGCACUAUUGGGGCACAGCAAGGCGUCAGGACAUAUUUUCCUCACCACACAGAGAACAUGGAUUUGGCUAGGUCGGUCAGUCACUGUGGCAUGUCAGACCUAGCCAUCUGGGCGCUGUGGAAGGUUAGCCUGUCAGCCUGUAGGAGUGAUAGGGUCAGAAGGGACUGUGCAGAAAAGAUCACAGAGCACCUGCCACUUGCUGGUUUCUUUCUGUCUGAUGGUGUCUCUCAUACCCACAGGUCUCCUGAAGCCCAACAGAGAGUUGGUGGCUGCUUCCUGAGCCUGAUGCCNCAGAUGAGGACCCUGUACCUCGCUUACUGUGCCAACCACCCAUCUGCUGUGAGCGUCCUCACAGAGCACAGUGAGGACCUGGGAGAGUUCAUGGAAACAAAAGGUGCCAGCAGCCCUGGGAUCCUGGUGCUGACCACCGGCCUGAGCAAGCCCUUCAUGCGCCUGGAUAAGUACCCCACACUGCUGAAGGAGCUGGAGAGACACAUGGAGGAUUAUCAUCCUGAUAGACAAGAUAUUCAGAAGUCUAUGACGGCCUUCAAAAACCUUUCAGCUCAGUGUCAAGAAGUACGCAAGAGGAAGGAGCUGGAGCUNCAGAUCCUGACGGAGCCCAUCAGGAGCUGGGAGGGGGAUGACAUAAAGACCCUGGGCAGUGUCACAUACAUGUCCCAAGUCACCAUUCAGUGUGCGGGAAGCGAGGAGAAGAAUGAGAGAUACCUCCUGCUCUUCCCAAACCUUCUGCUCAUGUUGUCUGCAAGUCCCAGGAUGAGUGGUUUCAUCUAUCAGGGAAAGCUGCCAACAACAGGAAUGACAAUCACAAAGCUUGAGGACAGUGAAAACCAUAGGAACGCAUUUGAGAUAUCAGGGAGCAUGAUUGAGCGGAUUCUGGUGUCCUGCACCAGCCAGCAGGACUUACAUGAGUGGGUGGAGCACCUGCAGAAGCAGACGAAGGUCACGUCUGUGAGCAACCCCACCAUCAAACCCCACUCGGUGCCAUCACACACACUUCCUUCCCAUCCUCUCACUCCAUCCAGCAAACACGCGGACAGCAAGCCCGUGGCACUGACGCCUGCGUACCACACACUCCCCCACCCCUCUCACCAUGGCACCCCACACACCACCAUCAGCUGGGGACCCCUGGAGCCUCCGAAGACCCCCAAGCCUUGGAGCCUGAGUUGCCUGCGGCCUGCACCUCCCCUCCGGCCCUCAGCUGCUCUCUGCUACAAGGAGGAUCUCAGUAAGAGCCCCAAGACCAUGAAAAAGCUGCUGCCGAAGCGCAAGCCUGAGCGGAAGCCUUCGGACGAGGAGUUCGCUGUGCGCAAGAGCACAGCCGCGCUGGAAGAAGACGCUCAGAUCCUGAAGGUUAUCGAAGCUUACUGCACAAGCGCAAAGACGCGGCAGACCCUGAACUCAACAUGGCAAGGCACUGACCUGAUGCAUAAUCACGUCUUGGCUGAUGACGACCAAUCAAGUCUAGACUCCUUGGGUCGUCGCAGUAGCCUUUCUCGUUUGGAGCCCUCAGACCUCUCGGAAGACUCUGAGUAUGACAGUAUAUGGACAGCCCAUAGUUACAGAAUGGGUUCUGCAUCCCGUUCACGAAAAGAAUCUGCUCCACAAGUGCUGCUUCCAGAAGAAGAAAAGAUUAUAGUCGAAGAGACCAGGAGCAAUGGGCAGACAGUGAUAGAGGAAAAGAGCCUCGUGGAUACGGUGUAUGCAUUAAAGGAUGAAGUCCAGGAGUUAAGACAGGAUAACAAGAAGAUGAAGAAGUCCUUAGAGGAGGAACAGAGGGCCCGGAAGGACUUAGAGAAGCUGGUGAGGAAGGUUCUAAAGAAUAUGAACGACCCUGCCUGGGAUGAGACCAAUCUAUAGGCUGACUUCAUUCUCAUAGGCUGAAGAGCAGCAGUUCCUGGACAAGGCUAGGGCCCUUGGCCUCCAGCACAGUGACAUUCAGGACUAAGGAAGGUGGUCUCCAUCAGGCGAGCAGCAGCAAUGAGGCUGUUGCUGAAGUAGCUACAUGUGAGUUACAGACACUGAGGUGGGCUGAGUGUGCACAUAUCUGCCACUUCUCCAUGCAGUGACUGACCAGAGUCCUUUGGCUUCUGGACUUGAGUUGAAUCUAUAAAUAGCAUACCUGUGUACUCCUUGUAUAUACUGGGAUCUGAGCACCUACCUGAGAUGGGACUAGGCUAACCCUCCUGCUAGGAUUUCCUUCUCAGCCUUUCUGGCCACAGGGAUCUGAAGUUGUGUUUGUGAAGUGUUGGAAGCAGAAAGGUGAAGAGAUGCCGUGGCAGCUGUCUGACUCGUGUUUAAUGCAGGCUCUAUGGUGCCAUCGGGAACAGGCACUCGGGCACAGCGAAUUUGUGUGUCUCUGUUCUUAACUGCAGUAUUCCAGUCUCGGCUAUGGCUGUGCCCAGGGCAUCAUGGGUUCUAGGGAGGGGAAACUGUUACCUGCCUGUGGUGNCCGCCUCUGCUACCCUGCCCUGUCCUGUCUGGGCCUUGGUCACAGUGUGCAGAAGUGGGUUAGCCCUGUACAUAGAUGUGUUAUUUAUUCCAUACUCUCCAGCCGGUGCUGCCGGCCGGGCAGGGUUUGGCUGCAGGCUGUUUUCAUCCAGGAGCUCUGCUCUGCCUCUGGCUGCAGUCAGCAUUGUCCAGGCCACUGAAAGCCCUCCUAACCCUCUGAGCGAGAAUAAAGCAAUACAAACCCCAAGUGGAGCAGCACAGCGAGAGCCCUCAUGUGCUGGGCCNGNGCCCUACUUUGCUGCCUCCCCAGGCCAGGCCCAGGCAGGCCCUGGAAGGCUGGUGGCCUGGGCAAGCGGCCCUGCUUCUGUUAGGCCAUGCUUGCCCCUGGUUUGGCAACAGUUAACAGUGACCUCAGGAGCUUAGCUGUCCCUUCUUUCCUCCAAAGAGGUUGUUUUCAAGUCAGAGAUACUUUCCCUUAGAAAGGUGUUUUGUCUUUAAACACUGAAGAGCAAUGUGUGCUACUGGGGCCUCCGCACAGCCUCUUUCCCUAGGACGUGACCCAGAGAGCCCCCGCCCG